CUUCUUGGCAAGCUCAACAGGAGCCAAGGGACCCACCCCAUGGAGAGACGCUGGGUGAUGGAGGCAGCCAAUGGCUGCAAGGAUGGCUUGGACUUCAACCCCAUGAAAGAGUACAUGGUCCUGAACAAUUCCCAAAGGAUAGCUGUUGCUGUGCUGUGUACCUCCCUUGCCCUGCUAAGUGCCCUGGAGAAUCUGGCUGUGCUCUACCUGAUCCUGUUCUCCCACCGGCUCCGCAGGAAGCCCUCAUACCUGUUCAUUAGCAGCUUGGCUGUGGCUGACUUCCUGGCCAGUGUGAUCUUUGCUUGCAACUUUGUGAAUUUCCACGUCUUCCAUGGCAUGGAUUCCAAGGCUGUCUUCCUGCUGAAGAUUGGCAGUGUGACCAUGACCUUCACAGCCUCUGUAGGCAGUCUACUGCUGACCGCCAUUGACCGCUACCUCUGUCUGUGCUACCCACCUACAUACAAAGCCCUACUCACCCGGGGGAGGGCACUGGCAACUCUGGGGAUCAUGUGGGUCCUCUCAGCAUUGGUCUCCUACCUGCCCCUUAUGGGAUGGACUUGCUGUCCUAGUCCCUGCUCUGAGCUUUUCCCCCUGAUCCCCAAUGACUAUCUCCUGGGCUGGCUCCUGUUCAUUGCCUUCCUCUUCUCUGGCAUCAUCUACACUUAUGGGCAUGUCCUCUGGAAGGCCCAUCAGCAUGUAGCCAGCUUGGCUGAACACCAGGACAGGCAGGUGCCAGGAAUGGCACGAAUGAGGCUUGAUGUGAGGUUGGCCAAGACCCUGGGGGUGGUGCUGGCUGUGCUUCUCAUAUGCUGGCUCCCGGCACUGGCCCUCAUGGUCUACAGCCUGACCACCACCCUAAGCGACCAGGUCAAGAAGGUCUUCGCCUUCUUCUCCUUGCUCUGCCUUGUCAACUCCAUGGUCAACCCCAUCAUCUAUGCCCUGCGGAGUGGGGAGAUCCGCUCCUCUGCCCAUCACUGGCUGGCCCACUGGAGGAAACAUCUGAGAAGACUCGGACUUGAAGGAAACAAAGAAGUCCCAAGGUCCUCAGUCACUGAGACAGAGGCUGAUGUGAAAAUCACCCCAUGGCCAGAUUCCAGAGGACUAAACUUUUCUGAAUGCUGAUGAGUCCUCUUUCACAGUUUUAAACAAACUGAGUCAGAACCAUUUUGCUCCCUGGAGGAGAGAGAGCAGCCUUGAUCCUAUUGUCUUAUUUGAGCCAGGCCCCAGGGCUUGGACACUUACCCCUUUUCACUGAUGACUGAUGGCAAUGACCCUGGCAGGUAGCCUGGCCGUGCCUAUUUGCACGCAGACUGUUGGAUAGCUAGGCCCUGUGAGGAGUGGUGCUCAAGCGAGAGGCUUGAGCAGGCUCAGUGCACGUUUGGGUUAGGAGAACCUCCCCAGCAAGAUGGCUUAGUGCUUGCAUCCUCCAGAGACCACAGGAGCCAGAUGGAGCCUUCAGGCUCAGCAAUGAGAGACUCAGAGGAAAUCUGAGAUGAAUGGAUUAUUUUCCUGGCAUCUCAAGAUAUCAGAUGGGAUGGCUGGCCAACCCCGUUCUUGCUUGAUUGUUGGGAUCUCCUUGGCUCUAAGGCAAUGAAAGACCCCAUUUUCUGGUCACCUUUUCCUACUGAGGAUCAAAAACUUUGAUACAAUAAGGAUCAAGAGUGUUGAUCCACUUCUUUCACAGCUAAUUGACAAGCCUCUAGUUCAGGGAAUCUUGUUAUUAGGGCAAUGGCCCCACUUGACAUUCUGAUAAUCUCCAUUCACAGCCGCGGUGACCUCCUAGGUUCCUGGGGAAUACAGGGGAGGCUGGGACUGGUUGAGACACAGAAUUUUCAGAGAAUUUUGUGGACCCUCUGAAGUCCUUCCACUGGAAGCAGGCAAUGGCCCAGUCUAACUCCAAGAAAAAGGAAGACAUUCACUAAGAUUUCAUAAACCCCCAUAUUGUUCCCAGUUGCCCCUCAGUUCAGCUCCUUUGUCUCUUCCACACCCAUAUAACAAAAAAUAAACAGAGCAAGUGGGAGGAGGGGGAAAUUCCCUUACUACGUGCCAGGCAUGGGACUGACAUCCCACAGUCCAUUAUCUCCAGCAAGAACAUAGCCCCAUGCUUUUGAAGAUUCCAGGACAUCCAUAUUUUACUUAUCAGGGAAGGUAGGUUCCUACCAAAGCAGCUUACUUAAAACAAUAGGCUAGAGAAAUUGUUGGUGCAGAGGAUAACAGGAAUUCUAAUGAAAUUUGUGGGACCAUAGACAGAA